UGCAGGAUGAGGUGCAGGUGCCUCACGGGGGUCUGGCGAGGGGUCCUGCUUGUAGCCUUCUGCACCGGGCUAAUCUGCUAUUGGGUAGCAGAGGAGCAGGGCUGGUGGUUCAGGCCCCUGGCUCGCACCUCAGAAUUUGAGACACAACAGACCUGCGCCCGGCCCCUGGCUCUGGCCAUGCAGCGCCAUCCACGCUUCCGGCAACUCUUCGAUCUCUCCAUGCCGGUGCUGCUGUGGGACCGCCUCUUCACCCAGGAGCUCUGGGAUCGCCUCAACCAGUUCAGAGCGCCCUAUUCCUGGCAAGGUCUUCCCAUUCAAUCCAUUGCUUCUGCCCUGAGACUUCUGAACAGCUCCCAGAGCGCAGAGUUACUCUCUACCUCCCAGGGGCUGCGUCCAGCUUGCGCUCGAUGUGCCGUGGUGGCCAAUGGAGGGAUUUUAAAUGGCUCCCGCCAGGGCCCACGCAUCGACGCCCACGACUUUGUCUUCAGACUCAAUGGUGCAGUGAUCAAAGGCUUUGAGGAAGACGUGGGUACUAAGACCUCCUUCUAUUGUUUCACUACGAAUACCAUGAAGAACUCCCUCGUGAACUAUAAGCACGUGGGCUUCACCUCUGUGCCACAAGGAGAGAACAUGAGCUAUGUCUUCAUCCCUUCCAGCAUCCGUGACUAUUUGAUGCUGCAGUCGGCCCUUCUGGGUGUGCCUGUCCCAGAGGGUCAUGACAAAGGGGACAUGCCUCAAACCUAUUUUGGACCAGGAUCUCCUCCAGGUAAAUUUAAGCUACUACAUCCAAACUUCAUCCACUACUUGACAGAAAGGUUUUUGAAUUCCAGUUAUAGUACCACAGUCUCCAAAGGCAUAUACAUUCCUAGUACUGGGGCCCUCAUCCUGCUGACAGCUUUGCAUACCUGUGACCAGGUUAGUGCCUAUGGAUUUAUCACAAGAAACUACAGGAAAUUUUCUUGCUACUAUUUUGACAGACGUAAGACACCACUGACAUUUUAUACAAACCACGAUCUGCAUCUUGAAGCCAAGCUCUGGAAGAACUUGCACAAGGCUGGCAUCAUUAAGCUGUACCAGCGUUGAUUCCAAAGGUCCUCAGCCUCUGGAUUCUCCUUGAAAAGCUGUGGUUCUCAUUCUCUAAUGGCCCAAACCUCUUUCUUUUCAACCUAUGAGAGGUGCAAGUCUCCUCUACCCUCCCCUUCUUCCUAAUUUGGGAUAUAUGCCAACUGUAAGAGGUCAAAUGUUAGGCACCCAAUGUUGUGUUCAACUCUUCCAAGAGAACUCCCUUCCGGUCUUAGCUAGACAAUGCAGCUUUAGCAAUGGAAAAAUGAUUAGAUUAUUCUAAAAAUGAAAGAUACCACUUUCAGGAAGAUAAGAUGUAACUUCAGUGAGCGAGACACAGGCAUACCUUACACUAGGCAUCUUAAAACCAGGAUUAGGAACAGUUGAGCCAUUCAAGCCUUAUCACUUGAACAAGAUCAACCAGUAAUUCAGAAGUUUAGAUGCAAUGCCUAGUUAAAAUCUCUCCCACUCACUAUGUCAAGAUUUCACAGAACAGUACAAUAAUUCUUGAGCAAGUCACGGAUAAGUCUUAAGAAUCUUUUGAAGAUGUUAAUUUUCUGAAAAUAUUAGCUUGAUUCUACCCAUGGAGAAGGGAGCAUCUUACCUGAUACAGUGGGAGCAUAAAAAAAGUGGAAGAGGAAAAAAAAACAACAAAGUAAUUUGGCAUUAAAUAAUUCCAUAAUGGCAAUUAUUUGUUUUUGUUUUGAUUUUGCAUUGGGGGAGUGGAGAAAGCAUAUAAAAUGCAAGAGAAAGGCACGCUUAGAAUUCAAGAGCUAUAUGAG